AUGAAAAAGCGACACUGGAGAGAAUCUAUAAAGUCAUUCUUUGGCUGUCACAUUGAUCCAGAGCAAGGUGAACAGCUAAAAGGAACUAAAACAGAAAUUGAGAACAAAGUAAAGAAGAUCUUGAAGCUUCUCAAAGAGGAAGACCUUAAAGAAAAAGAUGGGCUCUCAGGAGAAAACUCCAAGAAAGAAUCUCUGGUUCAGCUAAUUGAGGAUUUCCACAACCAGUAUCAAUUGCUCUACGAACAAUAUGAUCAUCUGACUGGAGAGCUAAGAAAUAAAUUUCAUGGGAAACGAGGAGCAGAUACCUCUUCUUCAUCAAGCUCAGAAUCAGAAUCCGAUCAUUCUUCCAAGGGCAAAGGAAAUAAAAAUGGGAAACUCAAAAGUAAAGAUCAGAAGAUAGUAGAUGUCCUUAAGCACGAACUUGAAACAACAAAUCUAGAAGUUGUUGAACUGAAGAGUAAGUUGAUAGCUACUAAUGAAGAAAAGGAAGCUUUAAAUUUGGAACAUCAGACAGCUUUAAGCAAAAUAAAAGAAACAGAGGAGAUCAUUAGAAAGUUGAAGUUUGAAGUUAAAAGAUUAGGUGUGGAAAAAGGAAAACUUUUGGUUGAGAAUGGAGAGUUGAAGCAAAACCUGGAUGCUUCUGGCAAUGUGGAAGCAGAACUGAACAAGAGAUUGGAGGAGAUGAGCAAAGAUAAGGACGACUUGAUUGUGGAGGGAGAGAAAAUAGUAGAAGAGUUGAAAACCAUUGCUAAUCACCUGCAAGAAGAAAAGGUAGUUCUUGAGCAACAACAAGAAAGCUUUGGAGCAGAAGUUGCCAGAAUGAAGCAGCAACUAGAAUCUGCUGAGCUGCAAGUGUCAGAUUUAAGCCAGAGAUUGACACAUACUGAGGAGUCAAAUAAAUCUCUUGCCUCAUCAGUUUUGGAACAGAAUUCAAGAUUGGACGAUAUGACUCUAGAGAAAGAAAGCCUGACAGCACAAGUCAACACUCUUCUAGCAGACUUGGAACGUUUAUACACCCAAAAAGUGGAGUUGGAAGAACAGAUGGCAAGUAAAGCUGAUGAAACAUCAAUUCAAGUCAAGGGUCUGAUGGAUCAAGUUAAUGAGUUACAACAGCAGCAGGAGUCCAUAGGCAAUGAGAAAGCUGAACUGGAAGUGAAACUGGAGGAGAAAACUCGGGAAAUCUCAGAAUUUCUGGUUCUAAUAGAAAAUCUGAAAGAGGAGACAGCACACAAGACUGAAGAUUAUCGGAGAAUUCUUGAAGAGAGAGAAAGUUUGACAGGGCAAAUGAAACAUCUGGAAUUGGAGGUGGAGAAUUUACAAAACCAGAAGGCUUAUCUUGAAGAGCAAAUAAGAACUGAAAUCAAGGAGAAUGGACGGCUAGGAGAGGACAUGGUAGGGUUACAGAAUAAAUUUCUUGAUUUUGAAAGAACAUUAAAGGAGAGGGGGCUAGAGUUUUUGGCUCUCCAGGAGAGACAUGAAAAAGGAGAGAAUGAAGCUUUUGCUAAGAUAAUGGCCUUAAUUAUGCAGGCUAACAAUCUGAAACUGGGAUUAGAUUCCUUACCGGCUAAGAAAAACCAAUUGCAAUUACAACUUGAGAAAGAGAAACAGCAAUUUAGAGAAAGCCUGAUAGGAAUGGAAAAUCAAAAGUUUGAGUUGAUGAGCAAAAUUGCAGAUCAGCAAAAGAUGCUGGCAGAACAAGAGGAGGCAUACAGGAAGCUGAGUGAAGAGUACAAGCAGGUAGAAGGUUGGUUCCAGGAGAGAAAAGAUGUUGAAAGGAAAGUAGAAGAAAUGGCAGCACAAUUUCAGAAGAAUGCGGGUUCCAAAGAUCAGAUAGUAGCAGAAUUGGAAGAAACAGUUGAGAACCUGAAAAGAGAUCUCAAAGUAAAGGGAGAUGAACUCAAUACUUUGGUUGAUCAUUUCCAAAAUAUUGAAGUUAAGCUCCGGUUGUCAAACCAGAAGCUCCGAGUCACUGAACAGUUACUAACCGAGAAGGAAGAGAGCUUUAGGAAAGCAGAAGCAAAUUUCCAGCGAGAGCUGAAAGUGCUGGAGGAAAGGAUUGCUACAAAGUCGAGGACAAUAGCUGCUACCAAGGAAGCUUGCCAGAGGAUGGUCACUGAUGCCUCAGAGAAAGUGAAAAGUACUUUAAGAGGAGUAGAGGCCUUAUCCCUAAAAUUUGAAGAUGACUGCAAAAGCUAUGAACAUCGUAUUAUGGAAAUCUCAAAUGAGAUUCAGAUUGCAAAGAAUAAGGUAAUUGAGAUGAAGAAUGAUAAGGAACAACUUGGAAAAGAAGUAGGUGAUCUAGUAGUACAACUGCAAGUUACAAAAGAACGAGAAUCGACAUCGAGAGCGAAGAUUGAACAACUAGAGGCUAAGAUAAGAAAGGAUGAAGGUGAGAAGGAGAACUUAACUAAAGCUGUCAGCCAAUUGGAGAAAAAGGUAUCAGAAUUGGAGAUAAUAAUGAAAGAGAAAGACAAAGGUAUACUAGACCUGGGGGAAGAAAAGAGAGAGGCAAUAAGGCAGCUGUGCCUGUGGAUUGAAUAUCACAGAAGCCACUGAGAUUAUCUCAGAGAAAUUCUG